GGGCCGCGGAGGCAGACAUGGCGGCGACCGUAGUUCCGGAGAGUGACAGCAUCCGCAGAGCCGUGUCGCUGCUUAACGCCGUGGACUCGGCUCGGUUCCCGCGGCUUCUUUCCCGCCUUCUGCAGAAACUGCACCUGAAGGCUGAAAGCAGCUUCAGUGAAGAGGAGGAAGUAAAACUUCAAAUAGCUUUUUCAUUGGAAAAGCAGGAUCUUCAUCUCAUUCUUGAAACUAUAUCAUUCAUCUUGGAACAGGCAGUCUAUCAUAAUUUGAAGCCUACUUCAUUGCAACAACAGCUGCAAAGCAUUCACCUGGAUCAAGACAAAGCUGAAGCGUUUGCCAGUGCGUGGGCGGCUGCAGGUCAAGAUACAAUUGAAAAGUUCAGGCAGAGGAUUUUGACCCCUCAGAAGCUUGAAACAAUUGGAUGGCAACUUAAUCUUCAAAUGGCAGAGUCCAUGCAAGUGAAGCAGAAGUCUCCUCGAGCCAUGUUAGAGCUGGGAGUGAGCAAUGAAGAUUCAAAGAACCUGAAGAAGGUGUUUGUAGAAUUUAGUCAUCAGGAGCUGUUUGAGUUCUAUAAAAAGCUGGAAACUAUACAAGCACAGCUGGAUUCCCUUACGUGAUGUUUUUGAAGACUUAUUUCUCCAUCACACUCCUGGCACCUCAUUAUUUUGAAUUGAAGAUAGAUUGCCAAGCUGUGUUUGAUGAAGGAUUCAGUGGAUUGCUUCCUGUAAAAUUAUAUGGCUUAUCUCCUUUUAGACCAGUAACAUUAGCCAAGAGUCUUUGUUAAGAGUCUGAAGAUUCUAAUGGACUUUCUCUUUCUUU